AUGGCUGAGGAAUCUGAGGUAAUUCCUGAAACCAACGAUAACAGUAGUCCUUCAAACCAGGUUCUGGACGAAAACCGUGAAGUGAUUGUUCAAUAUGUUAGAAAAGUUAAAGAACAUCGUGACUUGGAACAAAAACUCAAACAACUUCGAGCUGAUAUGGUGGAGCUGAAUAGGAAGGAUGCUAAGAUAGAGGACGAUUUAAAGGCUUUGCAGAGUAUUGGUCAAAUUGUGGGAAAUGUACUCCGGAAAAUCGAUGAUAACAAGUACAUCGUUAAGGCUAGUUCUGGUCCUCGUUACGUUGUCUGUUGUAAGGUGAACAUUGACGUGAAUUUGCUUAAAAGUGGUACCAGAGUAGCUCUUGACAUGACUACUCUCACAAUUAUGAAAGUUCUACCAAGAGAAGUUGAUCCAAUAAUAUACAACAUGUUAAAUAAAGACGACAACGCCAAGGAUAAUAAGGAUAAGGAUACAUAUAAUUCAAUAGGUGGAUUAAAUAAACAAAUUAAAGAAAUGAGGGAAGUCAUUGAAUUACCAUUAAAAAAUCCAUACCUCUUUAAACGCAUCGGUAUAAAACCACCAAAAGGUGUUUUAUUAUAUGGACCACCAGGAACUGGGAAAACUCUGUUGGCCAGAGCCUUAGCUAAUGAUUUGGGAUGUAAUUUCCUAAAAGUUGUUGCCUCAGCCGUUGUUGAUAAAUAUAUCGGUGAAUCAGCUAAAAUUAUACGUGAAAUGUUUGGAUAUGCAAAGGAUAAUCAACCUUGUAUAAUAUUUAUUGAUGAGAUAGACGCAAUUGGUGGUAGAAGGUUUUCACAGGGUACAAGUGCUGAUCGUGAAAUUCAGAGAACUUUGAUGGAACUACUUACACAUCUGGAUGGAUUUGAUGAGCUGGGCCAAGUUAAAAUUAUAAUGGCCACCAAUAGACCAGAUGUGUUAGACCCUGCACUUCUCAGACCAGGAAGAAUUGAUCGUAAAAUAGAGAUUCCACUCCCAAAUGAAACCGCUAGAAUCGAGAUAUUAAAAAUACAUACACAAAAAUUAAAUAUACAAUAUCCCAUCAAUUUUAAUAACAUAUGUAAAUUAUGUGAUGGGUUUAAUGGAGCAGAUUUGAGAAAUAUAUGUACAGAGGCCGGUAUACACGCCAUACGUAACAUGAGGGAUUACAUAAUUGAAGAGGAUUUCUUUAAAGCGGCAAGGAAGCUUACGGAGAAUAAAAAAUUAGAAGGCACAUUGUCAUAUGAACAAGUUUAA